AUGAAGCUCCAUCCCCACGAGUCGCCUGCCCUGCUAAUUCUCUUCGCCUCAAUGUUUGCUACAAGCUUUGGCGUCGAGAAGUUUGUGCGAUGCCCGGUGAACGGCCAGUUUGACUGGCCUAACGAUGCAGCUUGCACUACACUCCACACCGAACCGGACACCGAUUCGCGGGCGUACUUCUUCUACGAAGACAUUGGCGAGACACGGGUCUACUAUGCUUGCGAGGACGGACAGACGUUUUGUACAGCUCAAGCAAACUAUCUGAAUCAAGAUUGGCCAGCUGGGUGCUACGCGGAUACCGAUGUCAAGAACCCAACCAAUUGCACAUGUGUGUUGCCCGCGACACGCCCGUACGAAACGUUCUCGGUGGCCUUCUACGAGAUGUUCACCCAACCCGAUGGCACGCUGAUCAAAAUCGUCUACAGUUGCGCAAAGCCCGGCUACUCGUUCUGCAAACAAUGGUGGGAUUGGAACAGCUCACCGCGACAUUUUGCCGUCACCCUCGGCUGCUACAAGGACGUGUGGCGACGGUGGUUUGCCACCAAACAAGAGUGCACUUGUGAAAAUUACAACGGAACAGAGGAGUCGAGGGGAAUCGGACACUACGCUGGACCGGCCCUAACCAAAAUCAGUGAUGAACUCACUCGCGGCUAUCCGGGUAUCAUGGACCCAAACACGGACGCCGGGGAACCAGGUCGAUUCGACCUGUUCCUGGUGCUCCUGGUGGGGCACGCGUGUCUGGGCGGUCUCUUGGUGCUCGUAGCCGCCGCUGCCGCCCGUCUCUACCAAAUGAACAAACCGGCCGCUCCUCAUCGCCAAUCCGUCACGCGCCGAGACUCCUCCACCUCCAACGUAUCGGCCAGUCGCUCCCGGAGCUCGGCGAGCAACUCGGAGGAGCGGAAACGCCCGGCCGCGCGCAGCCUGAAGCGCCCACGUCAGCAC